UUUGACAGUUUGCAUCGCGAGUUCAUCCUCUGCUUUUGUCAGCUGUCACUGUUCUGUCACCGUUGUUCUCGCGAGUCGUAACUUUUCACCAGCCGAAAGUGAUCUCCACUGCUGUGGUUUUAUCGAAAGUUUUAUCGAAUAUCCCAUUCAAAUCGAUCAAGAUGCUGACGAACCAGAUCCAGCAGGCCGCCCGCAUGUUGGGAGCCCAGGCCCGCCGCAACUAUGGCGUCUCGGCCGUCGUCCUGUCCAAGGCAACCGAUCCGAUUCAGCAGCUCUUCAUCAACAAACUCCGCGACUACAAGAGCAAGAGCAGCGGCGGCAAGCUGGUCGACGCCACGCCCGAGAUCGAACGCGAACUGAAGCAGGAGCUGGAGAAGCUGGCCAAGCAGUACGGAGGCGCCAGCGGCGUCGACAUGACCGCCUUCCCCUCCUUCAAAUUCGAGGAACCCAAGAUGGGCCCCAUCAAUUCCAGCAGCGCCUAAGAAAAACAAAAAAAAAAGCUAGGCCACUGCUAGACGUUCUUGUAAAGUUAUCGAAAUUCGCGGAAUAAAUUAUCUGAAAUCUUAA